AUGGCGGGUGCCAGGUUCCCCAGAUUCUUUGACCUGCCUCGGGAGAUCCGAGACCAGGUACUCUGGUUCCUCGUAACGACGGACCAAUCGCUGCACCUAGCCUCCUCCGCCUCUCAACCGCCGCUGAACCUGCUCCUCGCCCAUCCCUUCCUCCACGAAUCCGUCUGCCGGCUCUUCUUCACCACCAACAAGUUUACAUCCUCCGGGGUCCCUGAGCUCCUAGACGUGCCGGCGAAGACGCUGCGCCGCAUCCGCCAGCUCCGCGUCGCCGCCGUGCUCAGACAACGCCCGCUGGAAACCCUCGUGGCAUCUCUCUCCGACGCCGUGCUCAACGGCGGCCUCCGCGUUCUCGAACUUCAUAUACCUCCCCCGAACGCUUUCGAGCACGAUCCCCAACUCCCCGAGGGCAUGUGCAGGAGCCUGGUGCACCUCCUCAAGGAUCCCUACCUGGAGAGCGCGCGGCUUUGGAUCGAUUUCAACCACCGCGCGGCGUGGUGCCGCUUUCACCCCGGCGCUCGGUGCCCUCAUACGUUGAGGGAUGACCGAGAGCUUCCGGGACUUCGCGGCGGGGUCGUCCCUGGGCCGAUCGAAGUCGAUUUGGGGCUGCUGGCGGAGAGGUACGGGGAUAAUGAAAGGUUGAAAAUGAUGGUUGUGUGA